GCCGUUAACAAGCAUUUCUGUUUCUUACAAACAGUCCCUUUAAUGAUAUUUGCUCCAUUUCUGCCCACUGCUGCUUUAAAAUCGUCAAAUAUUUUAUUCUGAAAAUAUUCUCCGGAACCACGUAGUUUCGUCUUCUUGUGCUUGACUCUCACUGAGGGAAAAGAGAAAGCAAAGAGCUCAGGCGGUGGAGGUGGAAAUGGAGAGCAAAAGCACUGGGAGGGAGAGCGAAAACGUUGAAGAGACAUGGCGUGGCAGCGACACAACAUAAGAGGACAUCAGUCCACCAAGAGGAGUCCUCUGAAGAACAGAGUCAAGGUUGAGGAGUCGAGCUAACGUUGACUGUCUGGAGGAUUUUCAUCUCGCUUUGCUUCUUCCCUCGUAAUCAGUGCGCACUACACGGUGGUGUUGCUCAGUAUAUCUGCAGAGAGAAGAAGUCUGUGCUGAACAACCCAGUCUGACAGGAUAAAAGGUAGCUCAGUAUGAGUCGAGAUGGGUGGUCAAAGAAGAGAGCCAAUGCCAGUGAUGACAAUGGUUGGGCUGAAAGGGGCGGUUACAUGGCUGCCAAAAUGUCAAAGCUGGAUGAGCAGUUUAAACUCGAUGCCCCCAGAGAGAAACAGAAAGACGGGUCAUACUCCAGCAUUUUUAGUGGAGUGUCCAUCUAUGUCAAUGGAUAUACAGAGCCAAGUGCAGAUGAGCUCCGCAGACUGAUGAUGCUGCACGGCGGCCAGUUCCACGUGUACUACUCUCGCUCCAAGACCACCCACAUCAUCACCAAUAACUUGCCCAACAACAAAAUCCAGGAGCUCAAAGGGGAAAAGAUCAUCAGGCCAGAUUGGAUCACUGACAGUGUCAAGGCUGGGCGUCUCCUGCCUUACCUACAGUACCAGCUGUACUCUAAACAGAAAGGCCCGCUCUUCCCUGGCGUGACUCUGCGCCAGACAUCAGAGAUCGCCGGACCCAGCCAUCAAAAGCUUCAUCUGCCACAGCGUAGCAUUCAGCACUCUGUACUCAACCAUGAGCAGUCCUCAUCCAGCUGCCAGAGUAACUCCAUCCCUAACCCUAACCCCAGCCACAAUCGACUUCACCAAGGCAACAUCCAACCUCAGUCCAUCCAGCAAAGCUCUGCAGUUUGCUUCAUUAACCCCCAACCAAGUCACUUAGCAUCCACUCACCUCAGUACAGAUCCCCGACACAGAAACCCUCUACACACCCACCUGCUGUCUAACCCAAGCCCCACGAAGCCCCUACAGUCUACUCUUCAAACACCUCACACUAAUCUCCAGCACCACAGAGCUAGCCAACCACAACCUCAGAACAACACUUCCGGCUGCAAGGAAGUGGAAUUAAAAAUAAACGGAUUAUUGCAGACCUCAUUGGACGAAAUGAGCCAUUCAAAAAGGAAUGACAUGCAAGAGUGUGGCAGAGGAGAUCCUCUCCCGCUGGUGGUGAAGGAAGCACAUCUGACAAAUGGACACACUCACCUUGUUAAUGGUGCCUUAAAGCCAGAGGACCUGUCCCCUGUUACAAACGAACCCUCUGUUGACAAGGAACUGCCUCAAUGCAGAGUCACGAGCUCAGAUGAUAAACCUCAGAGUCCUCCUGUACAGUUUCACACCAAACCAGACCCCUAUGAGUUCCCCCACAGUCCUCCAAAGCAAUCCGAGCAGCCUCCUGUCUUUCAGAAGCAAUCCAAUUCACACGCAGCCAAUGAGCAGAGACCCAAACCUCCACCGCCCACCUACCAGGAGGCUAUAAAAGCCACAGAAUGCCACCUAAUCCCAAAACAGCUUCAACCGUCCCGUCAAGUUGAUUCAAAUCCCGAAAAGACUCCUCUUUCACCUGCGUCUAGCUCUCUUUUACAUACUCCAAUUCGACUGAAUGGAAGUCACCACAAUGCCUUUUCAUCUGACCCCGCGUCACUAAACACAACCAACGUAACGGCCAAACCUGAUCCUCCCACUCAGAAGUCUUCAUCGCCAUCUAAGGCUUCAGCGCAGCUGCUGGCACAGACGGGCGGUUUGAUCUCUGAGUACUACUCUCACUCACGUUUACACCAGAUCUCCACGUGGAGGUCCGGCUUUUCUGAGUAUGUCAAUGAACUGCACGGCAAGCGAAAAGCAGCGGGGAGCGCCUCCUUUCCUGGGAAAGACCGACUGAGGAAAUCUGUGGCCCAGCGCUCUACAGACAGUCGAGGUACGUCAGCACCCGCAAGUGUCAAGUCUUGUAUCUUUCAUGUGGACAUGGACUGCUUCUUUGUGUCCGUGGGGAUUCGACAUCGACCAGAGCUCAAAGGGAAGCCUAUAGCUGUGACCAGUAACCGCGGUCAGGGGAGAGUGCCCCUGAGGCCUGGCGCCCAACCUCAGCUGGAGCAGCAGUACUACCAGAGGAAACAUACCCAUCCUCAGCCUGAUGAGGAUCUACACAGAACUCCUUCACAAGAGAGUCCUCCUGACUCCCACGCUAACGGAGUGGACCAGGAUGCUGCUACUCUCUCAAUGGCAGAGAUUGCAUCCUGCAGUUAUGAGGCGAGGCAGGCGGGCGUGAGGAACGGGAUGUUUUUUGGCAAAGCAAAACAGCUGUGUCCCUCGCUACAGUCCGUCCAAUAUGAUUUUGAGGCGUAUAAAGAGGUGGCUCUCACCAUGUACGAGACUCUGGCAGGUUACACCCACGACAUCGAGGCUCUGAGCUGCGAUGAAGUAUUGAUAGACGGUUCGGCCCUGCUAGCGGAGUUGGGCAUCAACCCAGAAGAUCUCGCCGGUGCGAUCAGAGCAGACAUCAAGGAGAAGACGGGAUGCUGUGCUUCAGUGGGCAUGGGGUCCAACAUCCUGUUGGCUCGGCUGGCGACCCGCAAGGCCAAGCCAGACGGGCAGCACCUCUUGAAGUCUGAAGAGGUGGAUGAUUUUAUCAGGGAGCUGCCAGUGACCAGCUUACCAGGCGUUGGGCCUGUUAUGGGCAGAAAACUGGGUGCUAUGGGUGUGAGAUCAUGUGGGGACCUCCAACAGGUGUCUCUGUCUCAGCUGCAAAAGAAGUUUGGACCCCGGACCGGACAAACCCUGUUCCGCUUCUGCAGGGGGCUGGAUGACCGGCCUGUCCGCUACGAGAAGGAGAGGAAGUCCGUCUCAGCUGAGAUGAACUACAACAUCCGCUUUACUAGGGUUGAUGAGGCAGAGUCUUUCCUGACUAACUUGUCCAUGGAGGUGCAAAAACGUUUACAAGAAGCAGGGCUGCGGGGUCGGAGAGUUACCCUCAAGGUCAUGGUUCGCAAGGUUGGAGCGCCGCUGGAACCGGCUAAAUACGGUGGUCAUGGCAUAUGUGAUAACCUAGCCAGGACUGUGAUGCUCGCUCAGUCAACUGACAGCGGUCAGCUGAUCGCCGCUGCAGUCAUCAAGCUGUUCUACGCCAUGAAGUUGCAGGUUCACGACAUGAGAGGGAUCGGCAUCCAGGUUCAGCUUCUUGACGGACAUCACUCUGUUCCCCGGGACUCCGCGGGCCCCGGGACACGCUCCAUCAAAGAGAUGUUGCUAGGCAAAGGACCAAGUGCGAAAUCCAGCAACAGAGAUGCUGCUGACAACACACAUCAGGGAAAUGCCUCCUCGACCACAGGGCCAUCAUCUGGCUCCUCUCCACAUCCUCUGUCCUCUCCUGAGCCGGUCCCAGGGACAAGCAGAGACCAGCAGGCAUGCAGACGAACUCCAAAACACUCUCGAGCACGUCUCAACUUCAGCAUUGAGAUCCCCUCCCCGUCACAGGUGGAUCGGUCCGUGUUGGAGGCGCUGCCUGCAGAGCUGAGGGAACAAGUGGAGCAGUCGUGGACUAAUCGGGAUGGAAGACCAAGUAACCGUCGAUCACCCAGUCCACAGCCAUCUGCUCCUCUGCCACAGCCUCAGUCUCUGAGGUCUCGUCCUACCUCCCCUCCUUGUCCUCCUGCUCCUGGUCCUGCACUCUACACGCCACCUGUUGGCACGUUGCUUCUGCAGAUUCCAAACCAGCCAGACAGUCCGGGAAUUGUACUGGAACUACCAAACUUUUCACAGGUUGAUCCGGAUGUAUUUGCCGCCCUUCCCAAAGAGCUCCAGGAUGAGCUGAAGUCUGCCUACAACCGCGUGACAAAUGUCCAGCAGCAGGCAAAAAUAUCAGCGGAGCAGAAGAAUCCACUGUUGCAGCUGAAACAGUCAGGACUCGGAGUCGGCAUUGGUCGGGUGAAGCGGCGCUACAAGAGAAAAAAUGCAGUGAGCCCUGUUAAAAAAGGUCCCUCCCCUCUGAAGAGGAAUCACACGACGAACAGCCCAGCCAAAACGCUACCGCCUCCUGUAAAAUCACGGGAACCAGUGAACAUAUUGAAGACUGAAAACGGUCCCUCCACAUCCACCUCAAAACCAGACAUCCAAGAGUCUCUGUCCAAAUUCAUUCCUCGCCCUGCUCCAGUGUUGGCCGGAGCCUACGACCUGACGGACAUUAAAACACUCCUACGGGAAUGGGUCACCACCAUAACAGAACCCAUGGAGGAGGACAUCCUGCAGGUGGUGAAAUACUGCACUGAUCUGAUUGAGGAUAAAGAUCUGGAGAAGUUGGAUUUGAUUAUAAAAUAUAUGAAAAGGCUCAUGCAGCAGUCAUUGGAGUCCGUUUGGAGCAUGGCGUUCGACUUCAUCGUAGACAACGUGCAGGUGGUUGUGCAGCAGGCUUAUGGUAGCACCCUGAAGGUAGCAUGAAGAAGGAGGUGAUGCUGUUUUCACCGUGUGUUACCAUUACACCACCACUCUUUUGUUUUUGCUACUUUCACAAUCUGCAAUACAAAUUAUGACGUCUAAAAUGAUGAUAUUCCUCCUUCUCAACUUCAUGUUCUCAGUGGCCUCCUGAAAGUGAGACACAAAGUAAUGACUUCAAACACACACACGCACACGCGCGCACACACACACACACACACACACACACACACACACUAUGAGAACGUUUUACAAGAGCCAUGACAGUAUUUGAUGUGUGUACAGUCCAUUAUUUUCUGUACUUGCUUUUUUUUAAGGGACAAGUGACACAAACUGAAAGGCAGGAAAUGUACUUAGAAUCUACUCACCAAAACUCAGAACCGUGAUAUUCGUAGCAGCUUUUUGCAAAUUCAUAAUUUUUCAUAUGGAUUUCUUUUCUAAAUAAAUGUAUGUGAAAUUUUAUAUAAGGAUUUUUACAGGCAGUGCUUAACUAUUUGUUAUACAAGCCAGUCCUUAUUUAAAUCUCCUUCCUGAUGAGCGUUUUCCAUCUGAAAUAGCAAUUGACUUCUACUAUGUGUUCCUAAGGUUUAAAUAAUGUCACACAGGCACAUUUGGGGCGUUUUCAUAUUGGUUACGAUUGAUUCGUACCGUGCCCAAGUACGAUUACGAGCGUUGACACUAAUCAAGCAAACUGGACCUUGGGGUCAAGUGUACUCAGAUCCAGGCCGAGGUCCCUCAUGUGAAAGCACCCUUAGGAUUCCAUUUAUGUAGUUAAAUCAGUCUAGGUUUAAAAUAAUGACUGUGGUAAACACAAUUAUCAUGUUUAAACGCAAAGCACCUUUUAUACAUUUUAGAAUCAGUUAGACUUGUAGCACUCCUCAGACAUCACACUCAAUAGAAUAUAAGCUCUUAUUUUUCAUCAUUGUUUCUUUGGUGCUCCAUGCUACUUGUACUGACCUGUGAACUAUCUCUACUACUGCUGUGUUGCAAAAAAUAAGCAAACAAAAUAUAGUUUGCUGCAUACAGUAGUAUCUUUUUUUUCUUGUCUCGCAAAAAAAGUGCCAAACCUUGUUAUUAUAGUGUGUAAAUAAUGUUUUUAAAGACACUUGUUAAAAGUUUGAAAAGAAAAGAUGUAUGUGGAGGAUUUACCUCUUGUAUUGUUUACAUGUAGUGGAUUCUUAGUAACUGUCUUUAAAUUGUAAAAUCUUUCUCGCUCUUAAAUUGUUUGUAAGUGUUUCAACACGGAAAUCUGAAGCCGGCCAAAGCACUUCAUGUGAGGUUAACUGUUGAUUCUCAGUAGCACUCUGACUUGGGAGGAUGUUGACAGGGGUUAUGGCAAUCAAUAAGUAGCCUAUGCAGUUCUUUUUUUUCACUAGCAAGUGAGAUGUCCAUUGAAGAUAAUGUAAAGUUUCAUACAGCCUUUGUAUCUGGAGUAAAUCUUUUCUAGUGUGUUUCCAGCUUAGUUACCAAUUUCACAAAUCGGAAUAUUGAAAUAAUGCUGGAUUUGCAGAGGAACCUGAUUUUUAACUCAACGUAUGUACUUGUGUACUUGACACAUUGGAGACAUUUGUACGGCUCGUGACUAUAUCAUUGUGUUUCUGUGAAGUUAACUUUUAUGAUUGGUGAUUAGAAGUACUCAGCAGAUGUGGCUGGCUGGCUUGUGAUCUCGCCAUGCAAGACAUUAUUAUGUGUGUGUGGUUGAAAAGAUUGUUUAAGGCAGUAUCCCCCUAUAUGCAAAACCAAAUUGAUCUAUCGUUUUUUUCAACUUGUUGAAAUGAAUGUAAUUCAGAAUGUGCAAGUCUCCUCUCACUUCCAAGAUGUUUGCUUCUCUUCACCUGUCAUAUCUUUCCAGAAGGGAAUGGCCACAAGUUAAAAUUGGCCAGUCUUGUCUUCUCUAAACUGGCUUGUGCCUGAAGACCUGAAGCUGUGAACUUGUUUGUAAGUUUUCUAAAUCUUGGUAAUAAACUGUAAACUCUGUAUUAA